AUGUCCGAGCAGGUCUCGCAGGGCACCACUGAGAAGUUCGAGCCAUCGAGCAUUUUCGGCCAAAAGACCAACGAAUUUUCCAACAUCAUGAACAUGGCGCAGCUGGCGCAGUUUGGUGUUACCUCGCCCCUGUUGGUGAAACCUCCGGUCCCAUUUGAUAGCCCCUUUGCCAUCGCGUCGCUGACAAAAGCAGACAACAAAGAGGAGCGAAGAGAGGAGAAACCAGUUAUGCACGAUGCGGCACCGUCUGUGUCCGAACAACGAGAUUCGUUGAAUAUCUCAGACGAUGGUGGCGAGAGCCCAGACGAGAACGGGAAAAGAAAACAGCGAAGGUAUCGAACAACAUUCAGUGCUUAUCAGCUUGACGAACUCGAGAAGGUUUUUGCUCGCACACAUUAUCCAGAUGUGUUCACAAGCUACCGUAUUCUUGGAUGGACGGAGAAUGCUACUCGACUUUGGCUCUCACUUUUGGCGCUUAAACGAAUCUAUUUACAUCUCUGA